AAAAACAUCGAGGCGAGAAGCUAUUGCUCAAUGGUUAGCGUUUUUCUCUGGAGAAACUACAAACACACAUAAAUCAGAUUCUCUUCGGGACUUGACAGUCCUUCUUACGAUGAAGUUUCAAUAUAAAGAAGAGCAUCCUUUUGAGAAGAGGCGGUCAGAGGGGGAGAAAAUUAGGAAGAAAUAUCCUGACAGAGUGCCCGUAAUUGUGGAAAAAGCUCCUAAAGCAAGAAUAGGAGACCUGGACAAGAAGAAGUACCUUGUUCCCUCUGAUCUCACAGUUGGACAGUUUUACUUCCUAAUUCGAAAAAGAAUCCAUCUGAGGGCAGAGGAUGCUCUGUUCUUCUUCGUAAACAACGUCAUUCCCCCUACCUCGGCAACCAUGGGCUUGUUGUACCAGGAGCAUCAUGAGGAGGAUUUUUUCCUCUACAUUGCCUACAGUGAUGAAAGUGUUUAUGGUGAGGAGAGCCAAAGGGAAAUCUAACACCACCACGACCCCUGCCCCGCCCACCCCCCCCCCCCUUCCCCGACCCCUCACGUGAAAUAUAUAGACCCAUAUCGGCAGCGUAGAGUUCUGGAAAGCGAAGACGUCACAUGCACUUUCACUCACUCUCCCUCUUUUUUUUUUUUUUAACACCUCACUUCGUUCGACCUUUACUUUAUUUCACUCCUAAUCUGCAUCAGUGAGGUGGUUUAGGAGAGAUCGUUUUCUCCUGGUCUUGAAGUCGUAGUGACUUAUGAGUAAAACAAAACUAAAUGAACAGAAUUUGACUAGAUCCAGAAUAAGUGCCAGCAUAGGACCAUCUUACCAUUGAUAAUAUUAUGAACGGGACUUGAACGUGAUAUGGCAAUUUAGAUAUCCAAGCACGCUGACGAUGACGACAACUCCUAGUAAUAUUUGUAUAGAUUUCCCUCUUGCUCGACAAAAUAAGAUGCUGUGCUUUAUUCAUUAGCUUUUCAGACUUUGAGUUAUGUUUGGGUAAUGUUAAAUUUUUGAGUAAUGUUGGACCUUAAACCUACAAGCGAGCUGAAAAUUUCAGACUGAAGUCCACAUUCUCCUUCUGUUUAUUGCAUUGGUUAUGUACCUAUUAUGAUUUAUUUUUAUCGUAAUUCUUGUAUGAGAUGUUUUUUGUUUUUUUUUCUUUUUCUUUUUUGGUGAAUUGAUUUAGUAGUAGAUUGUAAAGCUCAGUGCAGAUGUUAUCUUUUUAAUGUAUUUUUUUUUUCUUUUUUGUUAUGUUUUGUUUUAUUUUUUAACUUGAACUCUGUUAACACGAUUGCGUUACUGGUAUCUGGAAUCCUGAUGACCGUAUAAACUAGAAUCGUACCAAAUAUGUCUAGUCUCUGUCUCUACAUGGCAUUACUCCUCGACAAAAGCAUGGUCUGUUUUCUCUGGUCAUACGCUCCAGGACACAUGUUGUGUCAAACAACAACAAAAUAAGGUCAAUGUGAAAUUGCACAUGCGCACUAGAAAUGAACCACCUUGUCAAAUACAAUUUCAGUGUCAGGGAUUACGGCUUGCAUUUACUGUCUUUAAAUCACACUUCCUCUCUCCUGUCAACAGAACUUGCUCUGUGAUUGGGGGAUUAAGGUUUUUGCUUCUUUCACCACUCUGUGUUUAGUGCUAGACUGUGCUGUUCUUAGAAUAAAAUCUGGAUUUCCCUAUAGUCACAACAACAUAACAAUGAAUCACAUUCAUAUCCAGUAAGACUGUGUGUGUGAUCUGACGGUAAUAUGGAACGAGCACACCCAAUCAGUUCAGCCGAAUAAAGACACCCUGAGAAAG